AUGGAUAGAGAACCAGAGGAGCUUCAAUUCCUGGGAUUGUUCGGAAUCUACAAGGAAUCCUUCAAGAUCAUCAUCUCAUGGCGAAAAAUUUUCAACAAGAUCACCCUUGCACUUGUCCUCCCACUUACCUUCAUCUUCUUAGCUCACAUGCAAGUCUCUGGGCUCAUCUUCUCCAAAAUCCUCCACAACGAAGAAGCCUUAGACUUCACUCGCACAGAUACGGCUACCUACCAUCGCCUUAGCGAUCGAAUCUCAUCGGAAUGGGUCGCUUUCUGGUUAUUCAAGGCGGCUUACCUCGUUUUCCUUCUCAUCUUCUCCCUUCUGUCCACCUCUGCUGUCGUGUACUCAAUCGCUUCUAUCUACACCGCUAAAGAAUUGACCUUCAAGAAGGUCAUGGCCGUUGUCCCCAAGGUCUGGAAACGCCUCAUGGUCACCUUCCUAUGGAGUUUCCUCAUCGUUUUCAUUUACAAUGUUGUUGCGGUGGUUUUCUUCGUACUUGCCCUAAUCGUCGUCAAUCCUGGAACCACCGCCGGGAUAACACUUGGCAUCGGUCUUCUCGCCCUCUAUUUCAGUGGGGUUGUUUAUAUCAGUAUUGUGUGGCACUUGGCUUCGGUGAUUUCUGUUUUAGAAGAUUUCAAGGGUAUUAAGGCUAUGACCAAGAGCAGGGCCUUAAUAAAGGGGAAGAUGAGGAUUGCUUGUGCGAUCUUCGUUAAGCUUAGUAUCAUGUUUGCAUUGAUACAGAUUGCGUUUGAGAAGAUGGUGGUACAUGGUGGGAAAUUGGAGAUGGGGAGUAGGGUUUUGUUUGGGAUAGUUUGCUUCUUGUUGCUGAUGCAGUUGUUUCUGUUCGGGCUGGUUGUUCAGUCUGUGUUUUACUUCGUCUGCAAAUCGUAUCACCAUGAGAGCAUCGAUAAAUCUCUCUUGGCAGAUCAUCUCGAGGUUUAUGGCGGAGAGUAUGUUCCUCUCAGAGGUAAGGAUAUUCAAUUGGAGCAAUAUGAUGUGUAA